ACUCUCUGAAUGUAUUCAAGAACUGACACCAGGGUCUGUCCCAUUGUAUUGUUAUCUCAAGUGUAGUUGAGGGUCACGUUUGCUGAUGACCUACAUUCCUAUGGAGUGAUUUAUAGAUUUCAGUGAUAUACUGUCAACAUUACAAGCUAUAGAUUAAAUAGAUCAGUUUCACCUAAGCUAAUUCUCCUUUAAGCGGUGACUAUAUGGAUAAACAACAAUAUAAAGACAGAAAGUGUUGGAUUAACACAAAGCUAUGAACUAAUAUGGAAUACCACAGAAAGAUAACAGAGAAAGUUACAUACUCCAAUGCUUCCAAUGGGCAUAAUUUAUGUUAAUGCAUAUGAAGAACAAGGGAAUUUUCAUACUUGUCAGACUUAGGCUACUCAGGUACAUACAUACCGAGAAAUAAAAAAAUCGCAUAAACAAUGAGCCGGAAUCCAUUCCGCAAGUCUGUAGGAUUUUAUGAAGUUAGGUCAUCUAGGCCUAUGGCUACGUCUUUUUCGAGUAGCACAUCAAGUUCAGAGCCUGGAUUUUUAAAACCUAUACAAAUGGAAAAUAUAGACUCACCCACACAAGAAUCUCCAAAAAAUGUAGGAUUUUCUAACAUUAAAGAACAGCAUACCGAAAAGAAGAAGAAAUAUUUAACUGCUAAGUAUGGAGCACACCAAAUGCUGUUGAUAAAGAAAAGAUUAAACGUAGAGAUGUGGAUUUUCGAUGAACUCAGAAGAUUAUACAACAGUGUGACAGAUGAUCAUGAUUGUGAUUUAGAUUUAGAGGAGAUUCUCAAUCUUGAUGAAGACAAUGAACGUAGAAAGUAUAUAAUGCAAUGUUUACAAGAUGCUAAGCAAUCUCCAGAAGAAAUUCAUAAUUUUGCUGAGGAGUUGUUGAGACGUGCCAAGACUUUAUAAUUUCCAUCCUGGAGAGUUACUUUGCAGCACUUGUUGAUUGUAUUUUGUAGAAUAGGUUUGUAAAGCAUGCUGAUUUGGGGCCCCUGUUAACGUUUGACAUACCAAGAGCCCAAUUGUCAUAUAUACAUAUAUAUUAUGUAUCCCUUGUUAUUAGUGAAUUGGACUAUGCAUCCCCUAAGCCAUAGCUGAAGACACAUCAUUAGUAGAAAUGAUAACAGACAGCUGUGAGGGCAGACUAGGCAGGAACCAUCAUCCAUGCAUAACUUGAUGUAUUGUAUAACUCUAAUGUAUCACUUUUGACUUUGCGUGUGUCUGUCUACAUUAUUUUGUGUGCUGUUGUAUUUUGAAUGCAUGAGAAAUUUUAAUUGUAAUACUAUAUGUGUGCUUCCCUUAGUGUAUCUCAUUUAAGAAUGUCUUCUCAAGAGACUUAUUUAUAAUUCUUGGGUGUGUGCUUCAACUUUUAAUGAUCUGAUGCCGUGUUAAGCCUGUGCUGCAAUAUUUAUCUUUGAGUGCAUUUUCCUUUGUUUUUUUUUUUAAAGGGGGAUAUCUGAUAUUUGUUUACCUUAUGCUGGAAAGAAGUUUUUUUCAGUAACAUUUAAAAAAAUGUUUGCCAUAAUGAAUCUGAGAGCUAAAAAUGUAGACUUUUUACAAAUCAAAACAGUCAUGUUUGUUAAAAAUAUCAAUACAUUGGGCGUGUGCUUGGGAUUAAAUGCACAUGAAUAUAUUAUGUAGCUGAAUUUUCUCAGUGAAUUCUUUAACAUUUCAUUUGUGCGUGUGAUUUGAAUGGUUUUAUUUUGUGAUAAUUCAAGAGUUGUAUAUGUGAUGAUAUUUGUUUUGUUUUAUAUAUUUUAUGAUUCUUAAAUGUCAUGGGAUGAAGAAAUAAAAAAAUUCUGCUCUAAAUUACCUGGAGUCUGAGAGAACUUAAAGAUUCAAUAGUUUAGUUAUUUUUUUAAAGUGUUUCAUAAUUAUCAAGGUCAUUUUGUAAAGACUGCAGACAGUCUGUGGAAAGACCAAAACACUGAUUAAGUGUUUUUGAUGGAUCCUUUUUUUUUUACAAACAAAUUCUACACAAAAUAUCUUUAGGACAGCUCUGUUUUAAAAGCACGCAUAGAAUCAUUUUCAUUGCCAAAAUCUUGCACAAAAUAUUUGUUGCUAUCUUAGCUAAAAUACUGUAAAGAUUGUUUAUUUUGUACAGCAGAUAUGUGUGAAAACAAGUUUUGGAAGCCAUGAGUUUGAAUUUAUCAAAUUUGUGUUACAUAGUGCUUUCUCCACAGGUGUUACAGUCCUUAAUGAAGAAUUCCCUAUUGUUUUGGCAUUAGCCAUUGUUGUGUUAUUGUUUACAACUAUAAUUUAACCAGCCGUAUCUCCAAAUAUGAUUGUAAAUACAUUGUUGUUUUUCUUGUAUCAUCUUUUAAAAAAUAUGUUACAGUGUUGAUUAGAUGCUUUACAUAUUUCUGAUGUCAGGAAACUUUGUGCUGCUUAAUUUAAGGUUAUUUCUAACACACACACAAAAUUGUCCCAGUGGUUUUUUUUUUUUUUUUUGUCACGCAAAAAAUGUUUUUUUUUAUGCAAAGCAGCUAACAAAAGAUCAUUAUAAGCUGCUGUCUUUUAUUAUGCUAAUCUCUACUGCACACUUGGUGUAUGUGAAUAGUUGAUUGUUAAUUAUCUUCGUUUGAAAUACUGUUACAACAACUGGGGAACAUUUUGAAGAGAUCCUAAUGAAACAUUUAUCUAGUCUUUUGUUUGUACUUGGAGAACAAAAUAUUAUCAAUGUUUAAACAUGUGUUUGUUAUUAUUUCAUUUCAGUCAUCAUUCACCCUCUAAGUGCAACCCAAUUGUAGCAUAAUUUUUAUGUACAAAUCAUUUAAAAACAAAACAAAAAAUGGACAAUCUUAGUGGACCUUCUGGUGAGGUCGUGUUUCAGCAUGACAUUUAUCAUCACUCCAUUUCUUUUAAAUUACGUCUGCGUCAGACAUGUUGGUUAAGCUUUCAAAUGUCACAGUAUUUAAAUCAUUAGGUACUGUGCAGCUGGGUCUUUGCUUAUCUCCUGAAAGUUCAACUUAGGUCAGGUGAUGAGGCUUCAAACUUUUGUACACACAGAAUAAAAAAAAGUAAAUCAAAAAGUAAAGAGUUGAUUCUAGUCUAGCCAAAAAACAAAAUAGUUAUAAUUUUGCAUGGAUUUGAUCAGUAAGUGGAUGUGUAUGUUGACUGUCUGAAAUAUAUUUUAAAAGUUUAGCUUGUGAUGGUCUAAUUUGGCCAUUGACAGUAUAGCUUAUGAUGGUCUAGUUUGGUCAUUGAUAGUAUAACUUGUGAUGGUCAUUGAUAGUAAAGGAUGUGAUGGUCUAGUUUGGUCAUUGAUAAUAUAGCUUGUGAUGGUUUAGUUUGGUUAUUGAUAGUAUAACUUGUGAUGGUCUAGUUUGGUUAUUGAAAGCUCAUGAUGAUAUCCUUAUUAUAUUUUGAACACUUUGUAUUAUCAUUAACCUUGUAAAAUAUUUGUAUCAACAGGUUAAUUCAGUUAUUCUUUUUUUGAUUGGAAAUCUCAUGUAAAGAUGUUUUUCUUUUUUUGUUUCUUAGUAAUUUAUAACUCUUUUGAACAAUUCAUUUUUAUUAAUUAAUUUGAAUUAGAAAUGUUUAACUUUCAUUGUUAAUGAGCUGAAUUAUUAUUCAAAAUGAAAACAUAGAAAUAGAAAUAAAGUAGAAAUAGACAUUACUAAAAUAUCUAUUUGAACUGAAGAAGACAUAAACUUUAAUGAAGCUAAAUACAUGAAGGUAAAUUUGUAAUUUUUUUUAGUGAUUCUGUUUUUGUGAAGAAUAAUUUAUAUAUAAAAUCCAAAGUGCCAAAUUUAUUCGUUCUUAGUUUAGGUUUGUUUAGAUCAUUUUAAAUUUAUUAUUAUUUUUUGUAUAUAUGAAACAUUUGUUUUCUAAAGACACUUAGGUUGUUGUUUUUUGACAGUUCUUAAUCUGUAUAUGCUAUUGCCAAUAACAAAUAAAGUGCAUUAUCAUAUUGAGCUAGAAAAAGAGCCUCAGACUAUCAUUUCCUCUUUACCUUGUCAGAAAGGUAGCCUUAGAAAAUUCUAAAUAGACCCAAUUAUUUAUUUAUUGAGAAUCACACAAUAAGCUAUUAAUUUUGAAUAUGUUUUAUAUAUGCUAAAACUUCUAACUUUAUUUUGAUGAUAUUGUUUACCUAAGUUUUCUUUUUAUUCUGUCGUAGCCUUGACAUUUUCUGCUGCUCUAUUGUAUUCAAGAGCCAUCUUGAUUAUUCACAACUGCUAAUUUUGUUUCUUUUGUCCAGUGCAUUGCUCUGUGCUCUGUUCAUCAUUUGCUUUAUAAAUAUCUAUAUAAAUGUAUAUCUUUUCCCCUUUUUUUUUAAACUAUGCAAAGCUAGAAAAAUAUUUUAUCUUCCAAACACAUAAGAAAAACAAAAUGUCAGUGAUGAAUUUGGUUAUUUAAGUUGUGCAGCUAAAGUCUUUACCAUUGCUCUGCUAGUUUCACUGCCACAAAGACUUUCUGUACAUUCCAUACUAGUAGAGUUUUCUGUGUGAUAUAAUUCUUUCAAAAUUUUAGUUGUCAAACAGAAAAAAAAAAAGGUUUUUAAAAUUCUCAGUUUAUUUUUUUAUUUUUUUUUCCUCUUCUCAUCAUUUUCAGAAUUGCAAGUUUUCUUGAGAAUAAAUGAUCACCAUAUUUGAUAGUCUUUUAUUUUAUAAAACAGAUUCAUUUUCACACUAAGUUUUUUUUUUUUUGUUUUGUCAUGUUAAACAACUAAAUGUUUGAACAAGUAUAGAAAAGUUGGCUCUGUUCCCAAAGAAUAUAUGGUAGUGGUAUUGUAAUUUAAAAUGUAUUUAAUAGUGUACACAAUAAUUGUGUAAAUGUAAUUUUUUUAAAAAUACUAUUAGCUGUUACCAGAGACAUAAUUAUUAGUUUAAAAGAUGAUGCUGGACUUUGUUUUUGACUAGCAAGCAUAAUUCUUGUGUAGGGUGUCCUAGUUGUAUACAGUUUGAAAGUUAUAGAUUUAUAAUUUUUCUUUAAAAAUGCUUUUAGGUUUUGAUGUGUACAACUUUAAAGAAAAAUGAAAAUAUGACCUUUGCUAGGUUUUGCAAUAUUAUUAAUGAAAAGCAUGAGCUGCCUGAGUUGAAAGUAGACUUGGACAGGUUUCAAGAGUAAUGUCAAAUUUUGUUUUUCUACUGUAAUUACUAUUUGUUCUACUUUUUCUUUGACUGCUGUUUGGAAGUGCCAAUUGAAAUGAGUUUUGUACUUUCUUCUAGUUAUUUGAAUUACUGUUCAACAUUCUCAACAACUUUUUCAAUUGUAAUUGAAACAAAGAAACUAUUUCAAGUAAUUGUAAUUUUAUUUGAUACCUUUUGUUACCAUUGGAAAAAAAAAUGGCAGCAAUUUAUGAAUAAAAUCUGAAAUUUCAAUAAAUUGCUUUAUUGUUAUGGCUUGUGAUAACAUUUUAUAAUUCAUUUUUUUCCCACAAAUAAAGUAUUGAAAUAAAAUUAAUACCUCAAUGUCUAAUCAUUAGCUUUUUUUAAAAAAAAUCCUGGGUCAAUUUAGAAGCUAUGUGAAAUUUUAAUAUAGGAUAUUACACAAAUGAAAUAAAUAUUUUAUUUGAUGAGUAGAUUGUGUUUUAUACAAGUAUCCACAGUGCUGCUGCCUAUGACUAUGUAAUGAUUUUAUAAUAAUAAAAGAAAAAGUAUACUUCA